AUGGCCGGCCCCGGCCCGUGGCCGCCGGGCUCGGGAGGGUCGCGGUGGGCAGAGGAGGCUCUGGGUAUCGCGGCGGCAAGGAGGCGGCCUGCCCUCGCUGCCUUCUCCGCCUUCAGCUUCAUCCCGCCCAGACGGGAAGGGCCCCCAGAGCUCAGCUAUUUCAACCGGGCGCCCAAGGCAGAACAUGUUUUCACCUAUGACACCAUUUUUAGAAUACCAGAAGGUUACAACAAGUAUCUUUCCCGCUGUGACAGAAAACACGCAAAAGGUCAUGGUCUCAACAUUAAUGAGGAGGAAAUGGCAAGACCUGUUCCUGUGUUGUCAUCUUCAGAGUAUGGGAAACGUGUAAACAAGCCCUUAGAGCAGCCAACCAAAGAACAUGCAAGGGCUAAUCACCUCCAUGCAGCAAUAUACGGGGAAAAGCGCAGCACCCGCUAAUUGGAAAAAUCUCCAAGACUGGAUCCAUGUUAAAUCUCUUGUAUCUGUCAUUGCUAGCAACAUUUAUGUA